AUUUAUGGAUGCCAGUGCUAAAUAAUGUUAAAAUAUUUUCCAUGAUGGCGGACCUUCGUAGUGUGGAUUGGUUUGUCGCAAUAGGUCGCUUUAUAGUUAAAAUAUAAAAAAUUAAAAUUAAAAAAAUUAAAUAUAUAAAAGUACUUCAAUGAUAUAUAUUACCUUGACUAUAAUAUUGGUAAUUGAUAAAACUUUGCUAUAAACAAUCUAACUUAAAGAAAAGCGAUUUUUGUGUAUAAAAAAUUAAGUUUGUUAACAUAUUUUGUGAAUUAAAAAUAUGAGUGGUCGCGGAAGUCGUAAAAGAGGAAGACCUCCAAAAACUCCAAAUGAUCGUGCUGGUGCAAAAUUUAAUUAUCAAUUGCUGAAGAAACCAAAAUACUUAAGCAAAACAAGCGAUUCACAAUUAAGCACACCAUCGGCCUCGCGGGCUUCAUCGCCACAAGAAAGUGAUGGAAGUAGAAACAACAGAAAAUCUUUAAGUAAAACCAGAGGACGAGGCCGCAAAUCUAAUGCAAAUACUUCGUACUCCAGUAGAAAAAAUUACGAAUCAGAAUACCAUUAUGGUUCUGAUUUUGGAGACUCAUCGGAAAAAAGUGAUGACGAUGAUAUUUUAAUGUCAAAUUCCGAAGAGGAGAGUCUGGAAGGUGGAAACGAGAGCGAAUCAGAAUUUUCUGUUUGCAGCUUUACUCAACCAGGUGUCGGCCGUCCACAUCGGCCACCUAGUCCAGAUCCUAUUUGGCUACAGGAUCGAGAGUUUGCAUUUUUAGAGCUUCCAGAAUCCUCUCAUGAUUUAUUAAUAGAUAAUGAUCAUGUAUUAAAAGCAGUUAGCGUUUAUGAGGUUCUAAGACGAUUUCGUCACUUAGUACGUCUAUCACCAUUUCGAUUUGAAGAUUUUUGCGCAGCAUUAGUUUGCGACGAACAAAGUGCACUGUUAACGGAUAUACAUAUAAUGCUUUUGAAAGCUAUACUCCGAGAAGAAGACGUACAGGGAACCCAUUUUAGCCCAUUGGAUCAAAAAGAUACGGUCAACAUAAGUCUUUAUUUAAUCGAUGCAAUUACAUGGCCAGAAGUAUUGAGAAGCUAUGUUGAAAGUGACGAUUCCUUUGAUCGUGAUGUUUAUAAAGUUUUGUGUGCAGGAGAGUAUCCGUAUACGGGAGUAUUAGAUCGUAUACGAGUAUUGCAAUUUUUAACAGAUCAAUUUCUUACCACAAACGCUAUUCGUGAUGUAAUGCUUCAGGAAGGUCCCAUACAUUACGAUGAUCAUUGCCGAGUAUGUCAUAGAUUAGGAGAUUUAUUGUGUUGUGAAACAUGUCCUGCAGUUUAUCAUUUGGAAUGUGUUGAACCUCCAAUGUUGGAUGUACCAACAGAGGACUGGCAGUGCGGAAUUUGUAAAGCUCAUAAAGUAAGUGGUGUAGUAGAUUGUGUUUUGCCGCAAGAAAAACAAGGAGUACUUAUACGACACGAAAACUUAGGGUUGGAUAGACACGGCAGAAAGUUUUGGUUCAUUGCUCGAAGAAUUUUCGUUGAAGACCAAGCCGGUGAAAAUGUAUGGUAUUACAGUUCGGUCGCAAAAUUCCAAUUAUUACUUAGUUUGCUUGAUGGUGAGGAUUUAGAAUCAAGACUUUACUCUCAGAUUAUGGAAUUGAAAGACGAAAUAUUACGACAACUAAAAAUUACUGAAACUCUUACAACUGAAUACAAGCACAAUAAAAAGUCUUAUCUUGAAAUAGAAAACGAAUUAUUAGCUAAAGAUGAUAAAAGUAUUGGCAACAAAGAAGCUGAAGAGAAUGAUAAUACGGAAAAUGUUGAAGAUAUAGAAUCAAAAUUACCAGAAAACAAAAUCGUAACAAGGCAGAAAUCUUUGCAACUGUCAAACGGAACGCUUUAUUUUAAACUGGGCAUGGAAAAUAGUUUUAAAAGUUAUGUCAAUCAAUAUACAUCAAAUGUCAUAGCGUUAAAUAAACCUCAGCGAAAUGAGGAAAGAGACAAACGUCGUCAUUUAUCUCAUAAGUUCUCACUCACAACUGCUUCGGAGUUUAAAUGGAUGGGUGUGACAAUGGGAACGGCAGAUAACAUUAUAACAACUUUGCGCCAAACGCUGCUUUCUUUUGAACAAAAUAUCGCAAAUCCGUUUUUAAAUCCGAAUUGGAGUACAUUAAAGAAACUUUGGACUUCGGCCGUUAUGUGUUGUCGUACACCAUCAGAUUUUGCAUUAGUUUUAUUACUGUUCCAAUCAUCUGUAAAGAAUGUUGUGUUUGCUAAUGUAUGGCAUGAACAAUUGGGACACACAACAUUGCAUCGCAUUACUGCAGCUGAACGAGAAGACCGCAAAAAAAUUGAGAAGCGGGAAAAAAGAGAACGUGAUGACGAAGAAGAACGUAAUCGAUUGGCUUUUAAUUAUAUAAAAUAUACCCUUGGCUUAAAACAUCAGGUGUGGAAACAGAAGGGAGAGGAAUAUCGCGUACAUGGCCAGUGGGGAUGGAUGUGGUUGUCAUCAAAUAGGCGUUGUGGACGCCCUCGUCGAUCCGCAAUUCGGGGACAGGCAAUGUUGCCUUUUAAAAUAAACGUUCACUACUCCAAUGGUUCAGAUGUCGAUGAAAUAAUAACUGUAGAUCCUCGUACGUAUAAAUUUAUAAUACAAUGUGAAAAAGAUUCCCUUCGAGGGUAUAACUAUAACUACUUGGAAAACUACAAAAAUAUUAAAGUGAAUAAAAUAGAUGACAAAAAUAUAGGAAUAAUCGAUGUUUCAAAAUCUCUUGCGAUGGCAGGUAGACUUUUAUACCCAAAGAUUGCGAAAAAAAGCUGUUUGGACGAGUUAUUAUCACGGCGUAUACGUCUUAAAGAGGCUGAAGAACAAAUGAGUGUAAAAAAUGAGGAUUCUGAAACAAAUAAUACAUCAAAUGCUUCAUCUCUUCAAGUAUCUUCGAGUAACGGUUGUCUGCUAACACGACCGACUUUUUUGGAAAAGCGUUUAUUACGCUUAGUGGAGACGUCAAAAACUGGCGUGUCUCAAAAUAGCAGCACAAAUGUUAAUAUAGAUCUUGUCAAUUCAUUGGCUAAAAAAAUUCAAAGCGUUCGCUUACAGUUUAGUCAACUAAAUCGUUUCGCUAAGCAAUACCGAUGCUACACCAAGGAAUGCAAUACUAAUUCCAAUGCUGUAUCUCAAAUCACUCAGAAUACAUGUUAUUCGCCCUUAUGUUUGCAAAAGGCUAGAGCUAAAAAAGAAUUACUUCUGCUAUUGCGUAAAGCACACACGGCUGGAAAUGGAUCCAAGGAAACAGUAGCUGCAAUUUUAGGUGCUGUUAAGAAACCAUCUAUUCUGGAACAGAAAUUAACUGAGGGAAAAAAAGAUUGUAUAACAUUAUCUGGAGAUGAUGCCGAAGAUUAUAAGUGGUUGGAUGAUACACCCAAAGAUUUAUCUAUUGAUUGGGAGCACGCAAGAAACGCAGCUAUACCAUUCGAUGAUAAACUUUUAAAAGAAUGUUACUUAACAAAUGAAGAGUGUUUAUCGGCUGACAACUUGUUAGAUAGUGCGAUAAAAUCUGAAAUUGAUUCUACUGAUAAUAGUACCAGUGUAUUUGGAGGUGAAGAGAAAAUGGAUUUCAUCGAUAAUAUAGAUGUUUGUAGUAACGUUGAAGUCGAAAGUUCCGAAACAACAAAUGAUGGCUCUUUAGCGGCAGCAACAUUGAAUUCGGGAUCAUUAGAGGAGUCUAAUGAGCAGCAAACAUCUAGAAGAAGUAAGAAGAAUGCAAAAACUAGAAAUAAAACUUACAUCGGCACUAAAGAUGUUUUGGACCAAACAUUAUCAACCGAUGUCGCACAAAAGAAGCAAAACCGCCGUUUUCCUAUUCAUCAACGUGUUUCUAAACGUGAGGACAUCGCUAAGAUUGAAAAAGAAUAUUUUCCUAACGGAAAGGAACGUAUUUAUUCAGCCACAUCCACAAGAGCACGUAUAUAUCUAGUAUCAGACAUUGCAAAAAUAAAUCCUAAUAGAAUUGAAAAGCCAUGCGAAGUUAGUGCGGACAACAAAUCAACUGUCAAAAACAUUCGGCCAUAUUCUAAAUUUCCUCUAAUAUCCAGUUUCUUAACACAUAAACUGAAAAAGAGUCUAUUCGUUCUACCUCGUUAUGAACUAAUGCGUAUAGCAAGAGUUGGUGGCAAAAUUCCUGCAAGUGGGUUUCAUCAUUUAGCCAAAAAUAAUCCACUAGUAUGGCCCUAUCAGUGCUCUAGGCCUCUUUUUAAGACAUGCUGGUCAUAUCGUACAUCAAACGUUACAACGCUCUCAGCCAUUGCCCUACAACUUCGUAUACUUUGGUGUUGUUUAAGAUGGGAUGACAUGAUUGCUAAACCACCAUCCGCUGAUGGAAAACACCAAGUAAAUACUGAAAAUGAAAUUGUAACUCUAGAAUUAUUGAAACAAAGAAAUUGUGGAAGAUAUGGAGAAAGAACGCAAUAUUUACGUCGUAAGGUUGUUAUCCCAUUAGAACUUCCGAAAACAAUAAGAGAGGUAACAUCAAUAAGGUCUGGUUUACGUAAAAGGAAACGUGCCGAAUCUCCUCAACCUACUGAACCUCAAGUAUCUGAGGAAUGGGUGGAAGAGGAUAAACUAGAGUUAUGGGAAAUUAAAUUAAUUGGAGAGAAGAUUGAGAAAGCAAAGCUUACAGCCACAACUCGUUCUAUCGCCCAGCAGCGUCAAAAUGAGUCGUCAUCGAGUGGUCUAAAUGCAGCUCCUAGCAACUUGAACAAAAAUAUGUCAAGUUCGAAAAAUUCAAAUGAGGAUGUGAAGGAAAAGGUUGAACACCAGAUUAGAAUGCAACGCUUAGCUGCAAAUCCACAGAAAAAAAUUGGAGAGAUCAAUAAACCGUCUCCUCAAGCUAAAGGUCAAAUAAUUGGGAGUCGUCGUGUUAUUGUAAAAAAUCCAGAUGGCAGUACGAGAAUAAUACAACAAACCGUAGCAUCGCCAGUAGCAAAACAAAAUAUCAAUACAAUAAAUCCUGGAACAACUUCUACGACAACAACACCAUCGACAUCAAAUAAUAUACAGCAACCUGUUCAACCAGCCACACAAAAUUCCAGCCAAACGUCAAAUAAUUUAACUUCAUCAAUUUCUCCGGCUCCACAGCAACAUAAAGUCCAAAUCAUAAGGGGCCCAGAUGGAAAAGUUAGUGUCCGUGGUCUUAGUCCAGGACAACAAUUAAUUCAAAUGCCAGACGGAAAGCUUCAUGUUCUUACAACUUCUACAUCUAACUCAUCAACCUCUGCGUCCCCAGGAUCAUCAGGAGGCCAAACUGUUAUCGCAAGUAAGAAAUUACCUGUUAAGGCACCAAUGGCUCAACCUAAUUCUACCCUUGUAAAACAAAUUACAGUAAAACAAAUGUCGAAAAGCUCUUCUGGAGUUCAAACAGUGCAAAAGAUUGUAACAACUCCUGUUAGAAGUGUAUCAAAAAUCGGAACACAGAUUGUAUCACAAAAUCAACAUGUUUCUGGCUCACCAGGAGUACAAAAAAUUGUAUCAAAUAAUUCUACAACAAAAGUGGUUCCCAAUAAUCAAAGUCUGCAGCAACUUAUUGUGCAACCUGGACAAAAACUUCUAGUGGGACAAAACUCCCAAGGGCAAAAGGUUAUUAUUCAGCCCGCACAACAAUCAUCUACAACAACACUGGUAGGACAACCGGUCAAUAGUACAGCGCAAGUCAUUCCACAAACAACGAAUCAAGUUAAUGUUAGCCAGCAACAAGUAAUUGCUAAUCAAACAGUUUCAAGCGGAACACAGGUAAAUGCUGGACAACAGCAGCAACAACCUCAAAAGGUUAUACAAACAAUUGUCAAUACUAGUAAUGUCCAGCAACAGAUUGUAGUUGGUGGUCAAAGAAUAAUUCUAAGUCCUGGACAAACUAUUUUAACGCAGAGAUCGAUUCCUGCACAAAACGCAGCACUACAAGUCGUGCAAUCUCCAACUACGGCGCAAAUAAAUUCGGUUCAAAAAACAACUACUCCUCAAGCUACUUCGACGUCCGUUCAACAAAAUAUACAGACAUCGAAGGUUUUGAAGCAAUUUGUUAUCCAACCACAACAAACGGCACAAAAUACAACUUCUAUUGAUGCUCAAAACAAUAUAAAUGUUAUUAAAACUCAACAAAAUAUUAAUCAUUCUCCUGCAGUCAGUGCUUCAACGCCUCAAGCGUCAAAUAAUCAACAACAAAUAAUUGUACAGAACUCAACCUUAGCUCAGCAACUCGCACAGGGCAAACUACAGGUAGCUACAAUUAAUGGUCAACAAGUUAUUAUUAAGCCUUUAGGAAACAAUCAAGCUCAGAUUGUGGCUCAUAUAAAGACUCAAAGUGAUGGCAAUGCACACAUUGUAACGAACACAGCCGUUGAACAUCAAACGACUCCCACAAAAACGCCCCCAGUUUCACAAGUUAGCAUUCAAUCUCAAUCCAUUCAAGUUGCACCUCAGCCUCAACAACACCAAUCGAUUGCACCACAACAACAAAUACAACAAUCGAAUCAACCAAUGUCUAUAGAGGAAAGUCUAUUACAAGGACAACCUCCAGGAACAGUGAUUAAAUGCGUUACUGCUCAAGUAAUUCAAACAGAACAGGGGCCUCGUAUAGUGUUACAAGGUCUAGUUGGUAAUGAUUUUACUCAACAACAACUUGCCCUUGUGCAGCAACAGGUCAAACAACAAUUGUUAAAAGCACAAGAAUCUAGUGGAAAGCAAGGUGUUUUGGGACCAACAAAAAUUUAUUUAGCUGUGCAACCAUCAAAUCCAAGCGGCCAGCCUCCACCACUCACACCAGUGCAUCAAGCACAACAACAAACAACAUAUGUUUCAACUAAACAAGUAAAUACAACAUCAGAGAAACCAAAUACAGCAGCACAAAAACUUUUUUCAAAUAGUGGAAUACAUUUUAAAUAUAAUUUAACAAACAACGGAACAGAUGGCGAAUCGGAAAUUUCUAAUCAAAAAAAUUCAUCUUUGACAUCCAGCACAGGCGAUACUACACCUCAAUAUAUUGACUAUUCCUCAGAACAAAAUACGAACAACAGUAGCUGUACAAUGAAUCAAGAUAGUUUGAAUAUUGCUAACAAUGAAAUUUCAACACUAGUUCAAAUGCCUUCAACAUUAAAACUAAACACAGAUAUAAUAGAGGGACAGAGCAAUGAUUUCGAUAAAAAACAAUCAAUUAUAAAUAAUAUAAAUACUCACGAAUACGAAAUUAAUUUCGACACGGAUGCUAGAAACGAGUCAAAAAUAGAGGAUGACCUAAGUUUCAUGAAUCUCUCAAAUGAUUUUAACAAAACUGAGCUGGCUCAAACACUAGAACGUCAUAAGAUUAUUCUUAAAAGCAACAUAUUAAAAAAACGGUCCACUCUUGAAAGAAAUAUACAAAGUGAAAUUAAAGGUGAAAUGUCUAGAAAGAUGUGGGCAACAAAAUUAGGUGAUGAUGAUGAUAGUUUUACACAAAACUCUCCGCAUGUCGAAACAAAAAAGCAAAAUAAGCAAACAAAUUCUAAAAUAGUUGGAAGUGGUGCAGCUAUUAACACUUCGCCAAGGAAUCAAUAUAACAAACCUAAAAAGUUAAAUAAGAAAAAAGAGAAACUUUAUUGCAUUUGCCGUACUCCAUAUGAUGAUACCAAAUUUUAUGUUGGUUGUGACAUUUGUAGCAAUUGGUUUCAUGGCGAUUGUGUGAAUAUUACUGAAGAAGACUCUAAAAAAUUAUCGGAAUUCAUUUGUACUGAUUGCAAAAAGGCAAGAGAUACACAAGAACUGUAUUGUUUAUGCAAGCAACCAUAUGAUGAAUCACAAUUUUAUAUUUGUUGCGAUAAGUGCCAGGACUGGUUCCAUGGUCGAUGUGUUGGUAUUGUCCAAAGUGAGGCAGAAUUCAUCGAUGAAUAUGUGUGCCCCGCUUGUCAAAAAAAUAAUUCAGUAAAUAUGGCUAACAUGAAAAACUUGAGCGAACAUGAAACUAUUGAAUUGCGAAAACUGAUUAAGCAAAUAAGGUCACAUAAGAAUGCCUGGCCAUUCAUGGAACCUGUAGACCCAAAAGAAGCUCCAGACUAUUAUAAAGUUAUAAAAGAACCAAUGGAUUUAAAACAAAUUGAAGAAAACUUGAAUAAGAAUAUUUACUCUAAACUCUCGGAAUUCAUUGGUGAUAUGACGAAAAUAUUCGAUAACUGCCGUUAUUAUAAUCCAAAAGAAUCGUCUUUUUAUAAGUGUGCUGAAGCUUUGGAAUCAUAUUUUGUCCAAAAAAUCAAAAAUUUUCGAGAAUGUGUAGUAAGUCAGUCGUAAUAAAGUAUUGUUUUUUUACUUUACUAAAAGUUACUAAUUUUGAGCCAUUAGUAGUAUUUUAUUAUAAAGAUAUGUGAAAUAUUAAAAAAGUAAGAAAAUAAUAAUAAAAGUUGUAAUUGUUUGCUUACUCUAGAAGUUAAAAUAUAAUUAAACAUAAGAUUAUUAUGAAUAGAAUUUUGUACAGUCGUAUUAAGCAGAAUAACCAACCAUUCAUUAUGGUUUUGUAAAUAUGCAUUUUUAUUUGUAAUAAAUAAUAUAAGAAUAAAUAAAACUAAAUGAAAAAUGUAAAA